GAGUUUAAAAUGGACGUAUCCAGAUGACGUUCCGUUACAGCCCCCAGAGACAAACCCUCAUCAUCGUCGUGCACAAAUGCGUAAACCUGCGACCUUUCGACAGCAACAACCUGUCUGACCCCUAUGUGCGUAUGUACCUUUUGCCUGAGAAAUCCAGCUCCACGCGGAGAAAGACGCAGGUUAUCAAAGACAACCUGAACCCUGUAUUUGAUGAGACGUUUGAGUAUCCAAUUAGUCCGUCCGAGCUGCCAAAUAGGUCGCUGGAGGUCUGCGUGAAGAAUGAAGUUGGGGUGUUCUCCUCCAGCAAGAAGAUCAUGGGUGUCGUCAACCUUGACCUUAACAACCUGGAUACGUCCAAGGCAAUUACAGAGUGGUUUGACUUGCGCCCCGAGGACAACACAGAGAAGAUUUCCCUGGUGGAGUCUGACGUGUGACUUUGCAAUACAGUGAAGUAAGGUGCUGAGGUGACAUUUCUUUACUUGGUUCACAGAUCUGACUCACAAUCAGGAGUAAAUUCGAUUGAGAGAUCAAAAAGUCAUUCAAAAAUAAAUUGCGAUGAAAAAUAUAAAGUGACAAAAUCUGUAAACCAAGUGAACCUGUCUGAGUUGAAUACUCAGUAGUGAACAACGUGCUGUCAUCAGUCUGUCCAGUACUGCUACUGCUUACAAUGCUCCACGACUCUAAGUGUCGGUAGUCUAGCUGCACAGGUCUUCUAUGUGACCUGUUUAUCAAUGAAUGGUAUUUUCCUGAAGACUUUUGUGUAAAGGAUUAGUAUCGAGCAGAUGGCAGGAUUGUUAUGUACCUGCAUCAGUUGAAUCUGUGGUGUAGAACCAUACAUGCAGGUCAACAGCUGGUGACAGGUCGACCUGUUGGGAUGUAACUGCUGCAGUAGGUAUACGGUAUUCAGUAGUGCUGCCAUCUUGUAUAAUGUGCAUAGAAUGUUCACCAUCAUAUUUCAUCUGCAAUUUAGAUCUGUAUGAUGUUAGACUUUAUGUCUAUUUUUCUGUCAUUGUCCAUUUUCUAUGAUGCUGGGUGUCCAGUUAAUAAUUAACAAGUCAUGCAUCUAUCUACAUUAUCUAUGAUGUUACGUCCAUGCUGGACCAUCAUGCUAUAUAUAUACUCACCUGUAUAUCAAUAUCUGGUCCUCCAUGUCAGCAUAAUCUGGUUUGUAUUGUCCAUCUUUUUACGAUUCUUGCUCCUCUUGAACUUCAUCAGCAUUAUUUUUAACAAAUUUAA